ACUGGCGGAAGCCCGACCUGAGUUCAGACGUCAUUUUCUUCGCCGCGCCGCAAGUCGAACAUGUCAACCUGUACUGGAGCGGGAACCAGACAAUGUUAAAGGGCUAGGGAAGUGCCAACGGUCUCCCUAGGCUGACCAAGCUGUAGACCCUCAAGUUCUAUGCUGCACCGGUAUGCUCAUGACCCAAGUUCGCCCAAAGCGCGUGGUUGCGAAGGUUUCCUAGAGAUAUGAUAUAAACAUCAAUGAUCGUAUCAAAUGAUGAUGCUCAUGAGGAUUUCAGGGACUAGAGAGUGCCGCAAGAAUGGAUAAGAUGAUCGAAAUAUUCAAAAACGACCUCGCCUCAAACAGCAGGGGGAGAAUCGAUGUCAAAGUCGCUCGGAGACUGAAGUGGCUGGUCGCUAACCAAACCGGCAACGAAGAGCAGAGCGAUGCGACUGGUAACCCAGCCGAAAGUAGCCCGCUCACCAUAGCCCAGAGACAGCACGUCUGGGUCACGACGAUGGACAGGUUUAGAAAAUCGCUAGGGAUUGUACUCAGAGAGAUUGGUGUCAAAAUAGAGGAACCCAGCAAGAUCAAGCUCGCUUUGAUCGACGACGGGGUUGACAUCGAUCACCUUCGUACCUACAACGGCAUCGUCACCGCCAGGGGUAGGAGCUACUACCCGCCGAGCGGGCACGCGGAGAAUCCGUGGCACCGCUCCGCCGACGGUCACGGCACCGUCAUGGCCAACAUGAUCGCGCGCAUCAACCCCUGGGUUUCCGUCCAGGUGCUGAGAGUCCACAGCAAGCGGCUGCCCAACGGCGACCGCACCAUCUUUGCCGAGAGCGCGGCCAAGGCGAUCCGGGGCGCCAUCCGGCGCGGGUUGGACAUCAUCUCCAUCUCGUGGACCUUCAAGAGCAAGAAGCCGAGAGAGCAGCAUGACGACCGCGACCUGGGAGCGACCAGGUAGCCGCCGGACCCGGAAACCGCUGCCAUCACGGAGCUCGAGGCGGCCAUCAGAGAGGGGGUGAGGGAAAAGAUAC